UAUACUCCCUUGUGGCACACCAAAAUCGCAUGGCUUCGGUUCGCUGCAUACCUUCACGAUGUUAUACCUGGUUGCAAGAUAAGUUUUCAUCCACUGCAGUUGUUUCCCAAUUAUUCCGCAUGUUUCCAGUUUUUUGAGCAGUAACACGUGAUCGAUUGUAUCGAACGCUUUGACAAAAUCAAUAAAGACUGCAAUAGUAUAUCUUCCUUUGUCCAUGUUGGUGUUUAUAUAAUCGUUAACCGUGUUUUGGAGUUGCUCCGUACUUUUUCCUCUCUAGAAUCCAUAUUGCUUGCUAUUUAUGAUGACAUUGUCCUCCAAGUACUUCCUUAGGUGACGGACUACGUACCUAUGUCUCAAAAACUACUACUUGAUUAUAUCAAGUCGUUUUGAUUACCUACUGUCGAAAAUGAUGAAAUAACAACAAAUGUAAAAUUUUUUCGAGACAACUGUUUUAGAAUUUUAGAGCAAAUUACUAGCAUUGAUUAUAGUAUAUAAUCAAUGUUACUAGCAAGUAUGUGGGUACCUAAAACACUCGUAGUACUUGCUCCUUGCUAUUUUCAAACAAAAUACAGGACAGAUUUUCUUGAAAACAUCAUUGAAUUUACAACGCAGCCAAGGGACAAUGUCCAAUUGCGUUUUUGAUUGUGUAUAAUAACUGUUUUAUUCAUCUUUAUCAAAACGAUUAUCUUAUUACUUUGACCGUCAAUCUCAGUCUUACACAAUUUAGAUCAUACCGGAUCGUUAGUUAGCUACAACUUUGAGCGGUUGACAAUACCAGUGCGCAUUAAAAUUUACGCUAUGUUUUUACUGACUGCGUUUAUCGGUUUUCUUGUACUAUUCGUGUACUACAAACUGUAUUUACCUACUCAGUUUUGGAAAAAGAAAGGAAUACCAUGUGUUAAACCUUGCAUGAUUUUUGGAAAUUUAGCUCCCGCCGUUUUCAGAAAGAAAACGUUCAGCGGCAUAAUCCUAGAGUCCUGCAAGCAGUUUGAGUCCCAUAGAUAUUUUGGCUUCUAUCAAUUUUUUGUACCGGCCCUCAUCAUUCAAGAUAUAGAUUUGAUUAAACAGAUUUGCGUAAAAAACUUUGAUUCGUUCAGCGAUCGACCAGAUUUCAUUCCAAAGUCCGUCGAUCCCUUUUGGAAGAAAACGUUACUCAAUCGCGAAGGUAAAGACUGGCACGACAUGCGGUUAGUGCUAAGUCCUGUAUUCACCGGUCGUAAAAUGAGAGCCAUGUUUCAACUGAUGUACGAGUGCUCCCAAAAACUCGCCGGGCAUUUUGCAGGUGAACAUGGUACGAUUACUGUGGAGAUGAGGGACCUAUUUACAAGAUUCACUAACGACGCUACCGCUACAUGUUUAUACGGCAUACAAUGCGACUCCCUAAAAGAUAGACAUAAUGAAUUUUUUCUGAUGGGCGAAGAGGCUUUUGACUUUACUGGUUUCAAGUCGAUACGGUUUUUUGGUUCUAAGCUGAGUCACACUCUAGUCAAGAUUCUUGGAAUAAAAUUCAUCGAUGACAAAGUAAAACAAUUUUUUGAACGUGUCACCAAAGAAACGAUCGAGUACCGCCAAAGAACUGGUUUGGUGCGACCAGAUAUGAUUCAGUUUCUAACAGAGGCGCAAAAGGGUAGACUGGAGUACGAAGAAGACGAUAAAAAUGAGCAUUCGGGUUUUGCCGCAAUCGAGGAAUCGGAUGUAAUAAGAUCCGAUCGUACGAAAAGGAUGCCAAUUACUGAUGAAGACAUCGCAACUCAAGUUUUAAUUUUUUUCUUUGGAAGUUACGACACCGUUUCCGUGGUACUUUGUCAACUCACAUACGAAUUAGUCGCGAAUGCCAAUGUACAACACAAAUUACAAGAGGAAAUUAACGCAACGUUAAAGGAGUGCAAUGGCAAAAUGACAUACGACUCACUUAUGAAGAUGAAAUACCUAGAUAUGGUUGUUUCUGAAAUAAUGCGCUUAUGGCCUCCGGCCACUGUGUUAUUUAGACAGUGUGUGAAACCAUUCGAGAUUACUCCCGCUUUGCCACACGAGAAACCGUAUACAAUUCAACCAGGAGACGAAGUUCUUAUUCCCAGCUACGCAAUCCACAGAAAUCCCCAAUACUACGCCAAUCCGGAUAAGUUUGAUCCCGAAAGGUUUAGUGAUGAAAAUAAGGGCAACAUCGAUCCUUACACCUAUCAACCAUUUGGCAUCGGCCCGAGACACUGCAUCGGCAAUAGAUUUGCGUUGAUGGCGGUAAAGACUAUGAUACUAAGUUUGCUCGCGCGUUUCCAGAUUGUGCCAGUCUCUAAGACGGUGAUUCCAUUUGUCCAAGCUAAAAACAACAUCAUUCUUCGUAGUGCGAAUGAUUAUUGGUUUGGAUUAAGACGAAGAGAUAAUGGUUUCUAUUGAUGAGGUUUCGAUCGUUACCAAGAGGGGGAGGGGGUGAAAGUGGAAGGACAAAGAUGCCAUCUUCAGCUAGCCUUAUAAAUUUUAGAUGGCAAAACACAAUUUGUGCUUGGAUAUAUGUAUUUGGUGAAUUGUAACACGGCUGAUCCCGGAAGGUUUUCAAAAUCGUAGAAAUAUUCGAACCAAUGACAUCAUGUUAAGGUCAACGCAGUAAAACAUUUUAUUUGUUACUCAGUUGUAAACGUUGAUUAACAAGACAAAACGCAAACGGGUAAACGUCAUGUUUAAACGCUACUGACUUGUAAAACUGACA